AUGCCAUCAAUUGAUUCAAGCGACAUUUACUAUCCAUUUGCAUGGAUUAAAACAACAACAGAUCUCUUUUUCAAUUUAUUCAAUACUGCUCAAAAAACUAAACGUUCUCUUCCCGAAGAAGCCGAAUGUGGUUCUUUAGACGGUAUUAGAUGUUGGAUACGUGAAGGUGCAGAUAUUGAUGCAGCUGAUGCAUAUGGUUACACACCAUUAAUUAAUGCUGCGAUGCUCGGUAGAGCUGAUAUUGUUAAGGUUUUAAUUGAUGCUGGAGCUGAUAUACAAAAGCCAGGCCAAUUUGGUUAUACGGCGUUACACGCUGCGGCUCAAAAUGGUCAUUUAGAAGUUGUUCAAACACUUGUUAAAUAUGGAGCAAGCGUUAAUUGUAAAAAUGAGGAUGGAGACAUCCCACUGAUUCUUGCUGUUCGUGGUACACACGCUGAAAUUAUUGAUUAUUUAUUAAAAUCUGGUUCGGAUAUACAUCAAAAUGGUUGGCUUGGAAAAUCGGCUGUUUUCACAGCUAUUGCUACUGGUGAUCAAGCAACAGCCGAUACAUUAUUAAAUCGUGAAAUGGCUAUUGGAUGUUCAUCAUCCGAAUCACAUCGUCAUGCUCGCGAACAUCUUCGCCAAUCAUCAACAUCAGUAGACGAUUGA